AUGGAACAAACUGAUCGAAGCAAUAAUCAAUUUCUAAGGAAGAAAAUGAAAAACAUUGAAUUGAAUGCGCAUAGUCACAGUCCAGCGGUUGUCAUCAAAUAUGAACUUGAAUCAGCGGCGCAUGAUUUGGGAGGUGCUUCACUUGCGUCACCAUUGAAACACUGCAAAAAAAUAAUUCAACUGAAACACCUGAAUGAACGAGUGGAUACGUCGGCUCUUGCUCGACAUAUUCUUCUAGUUUGCCCAAUAAUACCGGAAUGCAAAAUUAAUGAGUUGGAACAAAUACUUCAUUACUUACAAAAACGACACAGUUCAGGCAGUGAAAGUGAUGUAAAUUUAUCGGCAGAAGGUCUGGGUGUUGCAUCGUCAUCACGAGCAAGCAUGAGUAAUAUAGAGGACUACAUUGAAAUGCUUUAUGAUGAAAUGUCGGCGAAAACAAAAGCAACAGCUUUAUUCCUGGAGCUCAGUCAAAAUCACAAAAAUUUGCUGCAACUCAUUAAGAACGAAGUAUUGAUGGGUGCACUCGUACGUGUAUUACGAGAUGAUUGGAAGAAAAGUUUCGAGCUUGCCACUAAUAUCAUUACAAUGCUUUAUAAUUUUUCCACUUAUACCAACUUUCAUCAAAUUCUCGCUCAUCAUAAAAUUGGUUCUCUGUCUAUGCAAAUUGUUGAUUAUGGAUUGAAGCGUUGGGAAACAUGGAAAGAAGAAGCACGUCACAAUGAUGAAUGUACCACACGUCGUCUCAAUCUUGCAAUUCGUAAACAGCAACAAUUAAAUGCUGCUUGUUUAAAUUUGUUGCUGAAUUUGGCUGAAGAUAUUAAAGUUGAGAUGAAAAUGGUGAACCGGCGGAUAGUUUCGCUGUUGUCGAAAUGUAUACAGGACCAUGACGUCGUUUUACCGUUGCUUUUGUGUGCCACUAAUUUUUUGCUUAAAUUAAGCAUUUAUGAUGAAAAUAAGGAAGCCAUGAUAAGCGGUCGUGUUGUAGAAAGUAUAUCCUCGUUAUUUCCAAUAAAGAACGGAAAUCUGCGGCACAGUGCUAUUCAAUUAUUAUUCAAUUUGUCAUUUAUACCAUCUCUUCGCGAUCAAAUGGUUUCUGUUGGCUUCAUUUCUCACAUAGCACCGCUAAUUGAUGACGAAAGCGCCUUGAAACUUCUUUAUCAAUUAAGCAUCAAUGAUGAUGCCAAAGCAAUGAUUACGUAUACCGACGCUUUACAAAAUCUAAUGCGCAUAUUACUAACUAAUAAUAGUUCGGAUAUAGUGAAAGCAAUUUUAAUCAAUAUAGCAUUGGAGAAGCGUAAUGCUCAAUUACUUUGUGGUACCGAUGGUGAAGGACUUGAUUUGUUAAUCGAAGCGGCUUUAAAUCAAAAAGAUCAAUUAUUACUGAAAAUAGUGCGAAAUAUCGCAAUUCAUAGUGGUCCCACACAAGCAGUGUUUUCGAAAUGGGCUAUUCCUUUGCUCAAAAUUGUGUUGGACAAGACGGAUAAGAAAGAACUUGAUUUAUUUGGCUUGGAAUGUUUGGGUAUUAUCAAUCAAUUGACUGCCGUUGACUGGGCAUCGUUAGCUGAACAAGUUUCACUUAUUCCAUGGAUUGAGGAUAAUCUGAAGGGACAGACUCAAUCACAUGCGGAUCAGCUGUUGCAGGUGGUUAUUCUUUGCGGAACAAUGGCUCGACAAUUAAAUGCGGCUCGUUUGAUAGUACCACUUACAGAUCAACUAGUCGAAUUGUUGACAGUUCAACAGGAAGAUGAUGAAAUGGUUAUACAAGUAGUAUACGUCUUUUAUGCUAUAAUAACACAUGAAGAACUCAGCGAAAGUGUUAUUGGUGGAAGUGCACGCGUUGUUCCUUAUCUGAUCGAUUUAAUGCAUGACAAAAAUUUACCUAUUCGUGCAGUAUGUGAUCGUGCGCUUUCCAUUAUUGCUGAACGUAGUGAAGAAUGGGCUCGAAAAAUGGAUGUUGAGCGCUUUUGUUGGCAUAAUUUACAAUGGCUAGAAAUGGUUGCUGAUAGCAAUAACGUGACGUCGAGUGAUUCAGUGAUUUCUGGUUCACCGGAUAUUUACAACGAAGUAUUUGGUGCCGAAGACAUUCUUGGCGACCCAUCACCGGAUAUUUCCCUUACACAUGCAAAUAACGACUUUUAA